AUGACAUUCCUGAUGAAAAAUUACAAGGGGACCAUUCCACAAAAGAGCAGCAUAACCACCAAAGAAGUAAACAAAGUUUUGCUUUUGUUUGUUCAUAUCUCAUUAAAUAACUUCUCAUUGUUUUACAGUAAUAUAGUCAAUAUCACUGAAGCCAAAGAAAGAAGUCAAAAUGGUGAAAAACCUCAAGAAUGUGAAUUAAACAAGAAUGUAUUCACUUAUUCUUGUCAUCUUCCAAAACAAAAAAGAAUUCACAUUGGAGAGAAAUCUUAUGAAUGUAAACAAUGUAGUAAGACAUUCAAUUGUUCCAGUUAUCUUCGAAAGCAUAAAAGAAUUCACAGUGGAGAGAAACCUUAUGAAUGUAAACAAUGUAGUAAAACAUUCAGGCAAUCUAGUCAUCUUCGGGAACAUGAAAAAACUCAUAGUGAAGAGAAACCUUAUGAAUGUAAACAAUGUAUUAAAACAUUCCGGCGAUCUAGUAAUCUUCGAGUACAUGAACGAACACACACUGGAGAGAAACCCUAUGAAUGUAAGCAAUGCAGCAAAACAUUCAGGCGAUCCAAUAAUCUUCGGGAACAUGAAAGAACUCACUGUGGGGAGAAGCCAUAUGAAUGCAAACAAUGUGGUAAAACAUUCAGUUGUUCCAGUCAUCUUCGGACACAUGAAACAACCCACAGUGGAGUGAAACCUUAUGAAUGUAAACAAUGUAGUAAAGCAUUCAAAUUUUCCUAUUCUCUUAGGAGGCAUGAAAUAACUCAUAGUGGAGAUAACUCCUAUGAAUGUAAACAAUGUUGUAAAACAUUCACUCAAUCCAGUCAUCUUCAGAAGCAUGAAAGAACUCACAGACGAGUGAAACACUAUGAAUGUAAACAAUGUCAUAAAGCAUUUAGAUUUUCCAGUUUUCUUAGGACUCAUGAAAGAAUUCACAGUGGUGAAAAACCCUAUGAAUGUAAACAAUGUAGUAAAGCAUUCAGUCAAUUAUCUAAUCUUCGGACACACGAAAGAACUCACAGUGGAGAAAAACCCUAUGAAUGUAAACAAUGUACUAAAACAUUUAGUCAAUUAUCUAAUCUUCGGACACACGAAAGAACUCACAAUGGAGAAAAACCCUAUGAAUGUAAACAAUGUAGUAAAACAUUCAGUCAAUCAUGUUCUCUUCGGACACAUGAAAGAACUCACAAUGGAGAGAAACCUUAUAAAUGUACACAAUGUAAUAAAACAUUCAGAUUUUCCAAUUCUUUUAGGACACAUGAAAGAUCUCACAGUGGAGAGAAAACCAAUGAAUGUGAACAAAGUAGUAAAAUAUUCCCCUACUCUUCAGGUAUAUGAAAGAAGUCACAGUGGAGAAAAACCCUAUGAAUGUAAACAAUAUAGUAAAGCUUUCUGGUAUUUCACAACUAAUUGAGUACAUGAAAAUAGGCACCAUGUCAAUAAGAGUCAAUUUGGUAAUCUUUGAACAAAUGAAAUUGCUGAAAAUGGAGAUAAACUUUAAUGUUAUUUUAAAUGAUUAGAGGUCACAGUUUGAAAUACACAAGUGAACACAUGCCUGUGAGUAUUAUGAAUGUAAGGAAUUUAAGCAUUUUAAUUCUAAUACUUUGAGAAGCCCACUUAGUACAGAAAUUUAUUAAAUUUGAAUAAUAAUUAAAUAUCCAAGUAGAAUGACAUUUUUCACAUCUGACAUUAACAUCUAACAUUAGAAAAAAGAUCUUAUCCAUCUAGACAAUAUAGAAAUACAUUAUACAACUACUAAAUAACUCAUACUGGAGAGAAACUUAUGAAAUGUAAAUCAGUUGAAUAGUAAUAGGUACUUUGUGAACCUUUAUAUUUUGUGCAUGAAUUGUAUCAUUCUUGUAGAAAAGUACUUUUGUUCUUUAAUUUUGAUUGUCAGGUGACAAGCAGUGAAGCAGGGCUUCAGAUGUCUCUGCCCUCUUUCCUCUCAAUUUUUCUCUAUAAUCAAAGUAAAUAAAUUUUUAAAAAAUUCACCAAAUAUGGAUGAUUUAAUAGGCUGCAGACCAUCUAAUAUUUAGAGAAAAAGUAUAUGCAGAACUAUUCUCCAUGUAAGUUUUGCAGCAUCUUCACCAACUAAAGUUUAAUUGUAAGUUAUUUAAUAUUUCAAAUAUAUAAUCAUUUUUUAGAAAUGUAUAAAGAAUUUAAUCCCACUGUUAAAUUUCUAUUAGUUUACCAAUUUGAAAUUUUAAGU